GGCACCAUCUGCCGCCCCGGGCCAUACUCGGUCUUGGGGCCAAUCAUAGGUGAAGAGCCCACAUCAUCAAUUCAAAUGUGCCGACUCACGGCCAAAUGUAUAAAACUGCGGCCGGGGUAGGUGCGGACAUCACUCGACGCCAAACGUCCGUGCAUCCACUUCUCGCCAUGAAGCUGAUCGUGUUCGCCGCCCUGCUGGCCGUGGCCGCCGCCCGUCCCCAGGACAGUCAGCCCGAGGUGGCCAUCGUCCGCAUGGACAACACCCAGAACGACGACGGCUCGUUCCAGUACGCCUACGAGACCAGCGACGGCACCGCGGCCGAGGUCAGCGGAGAGUCGAAACAGAUCGGCGAGGAGGUCGGCACCGUGAUGCGCGGCUCGUACAGCUUCGUCGGCGACGACGGCGUCACCUACACGGUCACCUGGACGGCCGACGAGAACGGCUUCCGCGCCGAGGGCGACCACCUGCCCGUCAGCCCCAACGCCGCCUAGACGUCCCCCGCCGCCGACAACGACCUACCCGUGUGUCACUGUGUGUCACUCUGCAUGUCCAUCUGCAUGUCAGUGACGUGUCAUCCCAGUCAUCUGUACCUUUGUGAUAUGAUCAGUGAAUAAUGUUUUAUCUGUUUGUCCAAAUAAACGUGUAUUCGCUUCAA